AUAUCUAUAUAAAUAUAACCUCUGCGGAGAUUAAACAUGUGGGUAUGCGUCGUCAAGUAAACCGGUCUUCACCAACUUGAUUUCUUUAUUCAACGCCUAACUCACGUGAAAAAUUUUUCAACAGAGGAAUAACAAUGGACGCACGUGGUAUUGUACUCUCUGGCACAAAUUUAGCAAAAGAAAUUCGGGAUUCAUUAGCAAAAGAUGUAGAGAAAAUUAAGUCAAAACUACCCGACUUUUCACCAGGACUGGCGAUUGUUCAAGUCGGAGGGCGGGAAGAUUCAAAUGUCUACAUUCGGAUGAAAAUAAAAGCCGCUUCGGAAAUAGGAAUAAAUGCUACUCAUGUUAAGCUUCCUGACACUACGACCGAAAUGGAACUGCUGAACAAACUUCGUAAAUUAAAUAAUGAUCCACAGACUCAUGGUAUUAUUGUGCAAAUGCCGCUUGACAGUAUAAAUAAAAUAAAUUCAGACUUGAUCACUGAUGCUGUUAUACCGGAAAAAGAUGUCGAUGGACUUAAUACCAUAAAUGAAGGCAGAGUAGCUAUUGGAAACAUGUCUGGAUUUUUGCCAUGUACUCCAAAUGGUUGCAUCGAGCUUAUAAAGAAGAGCGGAGUUCCCAUUGCUGGAGCAAAUGCUGUUGUUCUUGGCAGAAGUAAAAUUGUCGGCACACCAGUAGCAGAAUUAUUAAAAUGGAAUAAUGCCACCGUGACUGUUUGUCACUCUAAAACUAAAAAUUUACCCCAAGUUGUAUCGCAGGCUGAUAUUCUUGUUGUGGGUAUAGGUCAACCGGAAAUGGUAAAAGGUUCUUGGAUAAAACCCGGAGCGGUUGUGAUCGAUUGUGGAAUCAAUUCAAUUCCAGAUGCGACUAAAAAAUCUGGCCAACGACUUGUCGGAGAUGUCGAGUACGAAUCAGCAGCAAAAGUUGCCUCGUACAUUACUCCAGUUCCAGGUGGUGUUGGUCCAAUGACCGUUGCAAUGUUGAUGAAGAAUACGGUAAUUUCGGCAAAACGAUCAGCAGAAAAACUUGUCAGUAUUAAGUGGAACAUUUGUCCAUUGCCAUUGAAGAUCCAAAAUCCAGUGCCAAGUGAUAUUGUAAUUUCUAGAAGCCAAGAACCCAAACCAAUCACCUUCUUAGCUGAUGAAAUAGGCAUUACUCCUGAUGAAAUAAGUCCAUAUGGUUCCAAAAAAGCCAAAAUAAGUCUCAAUGUUUUGAAUCGUCUGAAAAACCAGAAAGAUGGAAAGUUAAUUGUCGUUGCUGGUAUCACUCCUACGCCAUUUGGUGAAGGCAAAAGUACGACAACACUUGGACUGGUCCAAGCACUGACAGCUCAUCGCAACAAAAACUCGAUUGCAACUCUCAGACAACCCAGCAUGGGUCCAACGUUUGGUGUCAAGGGUGGAGCUGCUGGUGGAGGCUACGCUCAAGUUAUUCCUAUGGAGGAAUUUAAUUUACAUUUGACUGGAGACAUUCAUGCGGUAUCGACUGCUCAUAAUCUUCUUGCUGCACAAAUUGAUGCUCGAUAUUUCCAUGAAUCUACACAGACGGACAAAGCUCUUUAUAAUAGACUUGUACCGGCUGUCAAAGGAGUCAGAACAUUUUCGAAAAUUCAAUUAAGAAGACUUGAAAAACUCGGAAUCAAUAAGACAGAUCCUAAUUCAUUAACUGAUGAAGAAAUAUCGAAAUUUUCUAGACUGAAUAUUGAUCCAGAAAGAAUUAUUUGGCCUAGAGUUGUGGAUUUAAAUGACAGAUUUUUACGUCAAAUCACUAUUGGUAAAAGUCCAACAGAAAAAGGUAUAACUAGAGACACAUCAUUCCGAAUAUCUGUUGGGUCAGAAAUCAUGGCGAUUCUUGCAUUAGCGACUGAUGUUGAGGAUAUGAAAAAAAGACUAGGUAAUAUUGUUGUAGCAUUUUCAAAAACUGGAGAGCCAUUAACUGCUGAAGAUUUUGGUAUGACUGGAGCAAUGGCCAUUCUUUUGAAAGAUGCGAUAGAACCGAAUUUGAUGCAGAGUUUGGAAGGAUCUCCGAUUUUAGUACACACAGGACCAUUUGCUAACAUCGCACACGGGUGUUCUUCUAUUAUUGCUGAUAAAAUAGCAUUGAAACUCGUUGGACCUGAUGGUAUCGUCGUAACUGAAGCUGGCUUUGGUUCAGACAUCGGCAUGGAAAAAUUCUUCGACAUCAAAUGUCGUACUUCAAAGCACAUUCCCAGUGCUGUUGUCUUGGUGACAACGGUCAGAGCUCUAAAAAUGCAUGGCGGUGGUCCGACUGUCACUCCUGGAGCGCCUCUGCAAAAAGAAUACGUAGAAGAACAUCUUGAUCUAGUAGAAAAGGGCCUGUCGAAUUUGUUCAAACACAUAGAAAAUGGAAACCAAUUCGGUGUCCCGGUUAUCGUUGCAAUAAACGUUCAUUCUACAGACACUCAAGCUGAAUUACAGCUCGUCAAAGAUGCAGCUCUUAAAUACGGUGUCUGGCAAGCUGUCAUUUGUACCCAUUGGUCUAAAGGCGGUGAAGGCGCACUGGAUCUAGCAGAUGCUGUCAUUCAGGCAGUUGAACAACCCAGUAAAUUCAAAUUCCUUUACGACUUGGACAUGAGCAUUGAAGAAAAAAUAAAAACAAUCGCCAGCAAGAUGUAUGGCGCUGGUGAUGUAAUUUUAGCUGAUAAAGUCAAAGAAAAAAUAUCAAAAUACAAUGAAUUAGGGUAUAGUAAAUUCCCACUGUGUAUGGCAAAAACUUCUAAUUCACUGACUGGUGAUCCGACAAUUAAAAAUGCGCCUAGAGGAUUCCCGUUGGAAAUUACUGAUAUUUUUGUAUCCACUGGUGCAGGUUUUAUUGUACCUAUGGUUGGAGAGAUUAUGAUGAUGCCUGGUUUAUCAACAAGACCAGCAAUUUAUGAUAUGGAUUGGAACAGUGAGACAGAUGAAAUCGAAGGUCUAUUCUGAAAAUUAACUUGUUAUGAUUCUACUGCCUAAUUAUUGUUAAAGUUUAUAUUUUUUCACAAUUCUCAAUGUUAUAUAAAACAGUUUAUAAUAAAAAUAUACUAAUAAAAAAUGAAUAUUUUGAAAUAUCAAA